AGCAAGGCACACCAAGGCGGCGGAUGCACGGCGUAACCGUUCUCGAUUUGCGUGGCCGUGAAAUUGGACCUUGCGUGCAUGAUGCCCGUUCCUCGUCUCGUCUCCUCAUCCGCGACUCCAUCUCCUCUGCAUCCACAACAACACCACGCCAUCUACCCCAGCACCAUCGCCCGCCAUCGCCCCCGCAACCUGCACCCUACACCGGAAUGCGUCGUGCGCCCUAGCUGCCCACACGAGCGCCCUCGACACUGCACGCCGCCCGCCAACACCGCCAUCAGCAGGCCGCAGCCAAGCCGCCACGUCAAGCUCAUCGAACCGGGGUGCGACGAGACGUACCGUUGCUCCAGCUGUCAAGCGCAGGCCGCCGCGACAGGCACUGCCAUUUCCAUCCAUCCAUCCGUCCAUUACCGCCGCAGCCAGCGCCGUGUGUGCCGAAGCGCGUAGAGGCCACGCUCAUCGAGAGCCAGUCUCGGUCGCCGCAGCGUUCAGGGCGACCCGAGAUUCUCGCCAGCCCGGUUCUGGCCUUGCCCUUCGGAUCGCUGGGCUCCAUUGCGGCUGUUCCUCCCUCAAAGCACGGACUUUGCGCUAAGAAUUAGGGUUCGCGCUAGGCUAU